CCGGGAUAUCCAGCCCAAGUCAUUCCUCCACUGGCAUUCCCCACUCGAUGGCUUUGGAGAACGAGAUAAAAGAGCAAUCAGGGCUGAAUGCUAUAAUCCAAUGAUCUAUGUUUCUGCUCCUCCUUUUCAUCCUUUCAUUUUGACCCGCAGAUAGGAUAAUCAUAGUAGGAGUCAAACAUCGGAUAGAGGUAGUGAGUUUUACUCGUCAUCGACGUCCCCCAGUCGCCACCCUUUAUCAUUUUACGCCAUGGACGCCUGGGGCUACAGAUGGCGUUCCGCGAAGCCUCUCAUCAUUACCACCGUCACCAUUGCCUUGUUCGCUGAAGCAUUUCUGUAUAGUUUCAUUAUCCCUAUCCUGAGCUACAUGCUGGAAGUCCGUCUAAACAUUGAUCCAUCCGAAACGCAGUGGUAUACCACCGCCUUGCUCACUCUCCACGGUCUGGUCGCUCUCGUGGUUGCACCGCCAAUUGCCCAUUUCACCGACAAGACCCCCAACCGCAAGACACCCUUCCUGAUUUCCCUCGCAGCAUCUCUAGUCGGGACAUAUUUGGUUGCACUCUCAUCAUCAGUUUGGGUGCUCUAUCUCGGUCGCGUGGUGCAAGGGGUCGCUGGAUCAGCCUCCUGGAUUGUGGGCUAUGCCACCUUAGCAGAUAACGUCAGACAAGAAGAUAUGGGGAAGGCUAUGGGGGUGACCACGGCCUUUUCGCUUUUGGGCCUCGUCGCGGGACCUACGAUCAGCGGAACACUCCUCCAGCUCCUGGGAUACUGGACCGCCUGGACCGCUCCCCUGGCAGUUCUUGUCCUCAAUUUUAUCUUCCGCCUUGUCAUGCUCGAGAGGCGAGAUGGUCUCUCCCAUGUUCCUGGUCCCCGCGCGGUGGCUUCAUCCCCGUCAACUGUCUCACCAAGAGUUGGGGAGCCACAAGGCCAGGACGAGGUGUCUGCAUUGCUUCCGUCGUCAUCCUCGCAUGGUUAUUUGUCUUUCAACGCGGAGCCUCCCAAGGCUGAUCCGUCAGAUGGCCCUGAGCAACGCCCCGGAUUUUAUGCCGCCAUGUUGAGAGAGCCCCGCAUCCUUACAGGGGCAGCCAACAUCCUCCUAUUAUACAUUAUCACAGCCGGUUUUAGCACAACGCUGCCUCUCCACAUGCGUCGUAUAUUUCAUUGGGAAAGCAUGACUGUGGGACUGAUCUUUCUCGGUCUGCAGCUCCCUCAAGUAAUUCUCAGUCCACUAGUCGGGUUUCUCCGCGACCGUCUAGGGUAUCGUUAUCUAACUACAGUCGGCUGGAUCAUCUUGGCUCCAUUGCUCUGCCUGCUCGGGGUCCCUGGCUCUACCACUUUUUCCUGGAGCCGCCCUGAAACCCAUGGAAAAGCCACCUUUGUUACGUGUAUCGCUGGUAUCGGUGUCAUUCUCAGCCUGGUCCGUGGUGGGGGAGCGUUGCAGAUGACCGGGGUCAUGCAUGAACUACAGUCAAAGGAUCCGACGGUCUUCGGUGAUUAUGGGGCGAGCUCCCGUCUGUUCUCUUUGAUUGAGAUUUUCUUCAACCUAGGAUUGAUACUAGGCCCUUUGCUCUCUGGACUUCUAGUCGAGGCCCUUAGCUUCUACUAUACGUGGUGUUUGUUCGGUGGGGUUUCCCUUGUUGUUGCUUUUUUCACUUUAUACUUUUUCGACAGUGGGCUCCCAGCUCAGCAGGCUGAACCUACAGCCUGACGAGAUAGCAUCCACCACGUUAAUCCACCCUUAGUGGAAUAUCAGGCUCAGGACUUAUGUUGGUAAUUUCUUGCAUUACUUGUCGCGUUCGAACCUCAGUAAGGAAUUGUUCUUCGAACU